GCAGGGUGGACCUGGCUGGUGUGCCCGGCGCAGGUACCUUUUGCCUUACCUACCUUGACACGUCCAGCAUCAUUUUCUCGUGGAAUUUCUGAGUAACUCAACUCCCUCCGUCCAGUACUCUCCCGUGCCCUCGCCCGCCUCUGCAUCGUGGCAGCAACACCGUUUCCCGCGUUCCAUGUGUCGCUCAUAACACCAAUCUAUCGACAGGCUAGCGUGCAUACCUGUUGCAUUGCGAGCCUCCUUCCGUCGAAACGCCGCGCGACAAUGCGAUAGGCCGAGACCGCGAACCAUGGCAGACGAUGGCAGCCUGGAAGAUUUCCAGGCCCUGCAUAGAGAAUUAACCACGGUCUCCGAGGCCUUGAGAGAUGAUCGCGAGUCGCGCGGUUGUCUCUUGCUGUCCCAGCUGUCGCAAUUGCCUUUGCUCGAGAAAGUGGCCGGCAAGUUGGGAGGGUUGUUGUCCCGGCCCGGGAGGAAGAAGGAGAGCCGAGAUGCUGUGAUGUCGGGAAAAGUCACCGUUUUCGACGACGAGUAUUCUCUGAAUAAAGACUACCAGGACCUUGUUUUACAGGUUGCCGAUGAGCUCGACUUGGACGAAAUCGAAGCUGCCAAGUUGUCACUGCUAGUCGAAGACGACGAGACCACGCUAGGACGUCCGAGAAAGGAAUGUGCCAUAAUCCACUUCCACCAACAUAGGAAAUUCUUGCUCAGCUGCAUCUUGCUGCUUCUGGAGCUGUCAAAAGAAGAGGAUGACCUGGUUGCUGGAGGGCUUGGUGACGAGCUGGGUUUCCUUGGUCAAUAUGUCAACGAGAAUAUCCUUCGAGCGAAUCUUCCCGGCGUCGCGGCGACCCCUUCCCAGCCGAGAUUCGUGCCAACAUGUAUGGCUACAAUGCGCGACAUCAGAAUAUGGCUCCAGAAGCUCGUCGAGCAGGUUACAAGCGCGACGGUCCUAGGUCGUGCGAACGAGGCCCAGUUCCAGGAGACUAUAGAGUUCACCCACAUAAGCCUCAUCCAGCAGCAUGAGCUCCUUGCCGUUAUACUUUGCUAUGCCAUCGAGAAACACGCGGCGCUCGAGCAAGACUUCCUCGACUUUAUCCGAGUCCUGAAGCAAGUCACCCGAUACGAUGCCACGAUCGUGCAUCUGGUACCGGUGCUCGGCACCUACAUCACCAUCUUCGGCUCGACGGAAGGUAGUGGAAGUGUAGAACAAGCGAGGAAGCUGGAUGCUCUAGUAUACCAACAGUUGGACGAUGACGUACGGACGCUGCCUUUCCUGAAUGCUACUAUCAGGGCCUGGUGGAUUGCCGAAUACAGCGGCUGGUACAUGGAAGAUGCCGCGGGCUCUGGCCUCCCCAAUAUUGACAUCGACGAAGAGGACAAGCAAAGAUCUAAACAUUUCACCGAGGCGUUGGGAGACGGGGCAUUUGAUUUCAUAUUGGCAGUUGUUGCCGAUGCCAGGGCAUCGGAGUGGGAGGACGCGGCCCGGAGGUCUUUACGGCAAUGGCUUCGGAAAAGGACGCCACCACUCCCCCCAGACAACGCUUCAUUUUCCUUACCCUUUCAGAACAUCAUAGCAGCAAAGCUCGAGACUUUCGUGGACGCCUUCAUAUCCAAUAUGCCCGAUGUGCUACGAAGGCUAAAGAUAGAGGAGGAUGAGCAACGCCAGACCAGUCAAAUCCAGGAGCAGGAUUACAACUUGGAGAGAUUCCUCCUCAUCAUCGCUUAUUCUUUCGAGGGCCGUGCGGACGCCGCGGACGGAUUCUGGGGCGAUCCCGAGAACAACCUAGCCGGCUUUCUGCAGUGGGCGUCUCGGAGGGCAACGACGCCGGUGCAGGCCGCGUUCUGUGAAAUGCUCCAGUCGCUAUCCGAGGAUUCCGAGUCUGCUACAUCCGCCCACGAAUUCCUUUUGGACGAAGCACAUCAAAUUCGGAAGCCGUUGACCAUUACAUGGGCUCACAUCGUCAACGAAUUAGAAUACUUCGCCAACAAGGUCAAGGACAAAUCCGCGCCAACCCAGGUCAGCACCCACAGACCCGGGAAAUUCGGCAACGAGCAGGCGGAAACCGAACCAGAGUUCACGGCAAUGCUGGAAUCGUAUCUGAGGUUGAUGGCCAAGCUUGCCAAGCAGAGCGAGUCUGCGCGUAUUUACCUGCUCGAGCAGACGAAGCCCGGGCUCCCCGAUGUCCUUUUCCAAGUGAUAAGCGGCUUCGUGUCGCCUCGGAUCAGGGCAUGCACAUUUAGGGCGUUGACCUCCCUCAUUGAUCGGAAAACCCUCACACAGAACUACAUGAUGUGGCAGUAUCUCGAGUCGUGCCUGACAGGGUUUUUCCUUUCGCCUACGUCUAACAGGACUCUGGCCUCUUCAGCAAGCUCUCAUUCCCCGUCCUUCUAUAUGGAGGCCCUCUUCCAAGACAUGAGCCCACAUAUCGACGAUGCCAGUGCCUUCAUCCAAUUCCUGGACGCUCUGACGUCUCUCCCGGAAGAAUAUCGUCCUUUGAAUGAUGUACUUUCAUAUCCUGAGGAUUUGGGUGCGUCCGCUCGGAUGCGCCCUGGGAUCGACCCCUACAUCGACUUUGCCCUGGGACAUAUGUUCUCCGUCCGGACUCUCGACUCUACAGAAAUCAUGCAGCAGAGAAUUCUGCGGAGGUGCUGCCUGGACCUCGCUUUUACCUGCCUUUCCAAUUUCAACGAAGACUUGAUCGUGUUCAGCAACGAGACCCAUGUCAACGUGGAUUCCGCUAUCCAAUGCGGAGAUCUACACAGUUAUGUUACCCUCCACCCAUUCGCUCGAGUCAUGGAGUGGAUGUUCGACAGCAAGUUCAUGAAGAGCCUCCUAAGCACGAUACACCAAAGCUCAGCAGACCUCGGGAAGGCCGAGCCAGACUCACCUUUAAUUUUAAGCGUUCUGCGUGGCGUUGAACUCGUGUCGAAAGCCCUAGAACUCCAAGCCACCUACCUUGAUCUCGUUCGGCCGAUGACAAAACCUCAGGGUCGGGCACAGAGCCGGUCCCAAUAUAUACCAGCGCCCAACAGAGCAUUUGCCUCGAUAGAAGAUGGCCUAAUGACGAGCAUGUCAUUAAUGUCGGAUCUUGGGAGCUUCUGCGGCAUAGGCCAUCCGAACUUAACCCUGGCGAGCUUACAGCUCCUCAAGAGGAUCUCAGCAUCACCCAGGGUGAUUUCGGCUUGGCAUUCCGGACCUACAAGACAGUCGCAUCGCAACAAGGCCAUAAUCGCGCUGGAGGAACACGGUGACGCGGCCGUUAUAGCCGGCUCAUUUAUCGGGGAGUUUAAAACCCCUCUAGAUUUCCACAGACGAGGCGAAUCGUCGGAAUACCUCAUCAAGGUAUAUGUCCUCGAUUUCCUCUACUCGUGCAUGCAAGCAAGCCCAAAUCGACCCACGAUCGCUCACCUACUGCUCGGGUUUCGCUGCGGAGCCAACGUGCUGGAAAUCGAACCGGGUAGCCCGUUUGAUCGGAGAUCGUCUCUAUUCCACGCCUUGCUGCCUGUGGUUUUAGAAAUACCCUCGAGAGACGAAGAGGGGUCUAUGCAGACGUGGACCGUGAGCCUAAAGUAUAAGGUCUUGCGAAUUCUCAAGAUACUCUGGAGUUCUCCGCUGUCAGCCGGUAUUAUCCUCGAUGAGCUUCGGGAGAACGAUUUCCUCUUUCAUAUUCUGCUGCAAGGCCUCGUAACCCAGCAAAGCCCCAUAUGGGACGGACAGGAAGCCGCUGGCCCUGACUUUCUCACAACCACCGCUGCCGAAGGUUAUGUCGAUUACCUCUCGAUGAGGGCGAUGGCCCUGGAGUAUGUCACCCGUGAGCUCUGCAGCGUCUCCCAGGGCCACGCACCUGCACUCAAGCGGCGGAUCUUCGACGCCCUGGGUGGCCAAAUCAAGGUGGACGGCUUGGAGGUGAUCCAAGUUCCUUCGGUAUUCGAAUUUCACGAUUCCCUGCCCCAGGAGAGCUUGUUCGCAACCACUCUACCCGACUUACCGACCUACGGGGGAUUCGACCUCCGAUCGUGCGUGGAGGAAGACGACGACUCGAACCCGGUGUACAGCAUAGAAAAGGUUGAACAAAUAGUGCGGUUAAAACGCAACGAAGCAGCUCGCAACUCUGGCCAACUCGUGCUGCAGCAAGAAGGGGCACAGGUGGAUGGAGAAGAAGGGACCUUGUUGCUAUACUUGUGCUAUCUCAACUACUUCGGACGAGUCAAGUCGUACAGUCACAAAGUCCUGAAGGCGUGGACGAAGCUCCUGAUAAUGAUGACCGAUUGCAACGACUUCAAAGGCGCGAGCAAAGUCUCGUUCAUACUACAAACGCUGCAGGCGACGCUGCCUAGCCUCGAGAUGUACGGUUCGGAAAACCCUGGCGCGGCGUACGAGCUAGCGCAACUUGCUAGAGUACUGCUCUUCGAACUGGAUUUCGCGACGAUGGCUUCGGCAGACAAACAGAGUCGGGCGGCGGAGAACCUGGUCAGCGACAAGCUGUUCCAGCUUCUGCAGAUCUGUCUGAGCGCAAUCGCAAAGUGGGUUGGUAAUCAGGAAUUGCGCGCGGUCUACUAUAGCAUCUGCUAUCGCCACCUUACCGGUCUCGUGGACCACGGGCAGGGCGUGUCGUCGAGUUUGCGGAAGACGGCUAGGACGAUUCAGUCGUUCGGUGAGAAGCUGCUAAACGUGGUCUGUGACGAUGCGUUUGGCGGGGAUGCGACCUGUCAAUCGGCUGCGCUGAUCCUCUUGGGAACCCUAGUCCAGCUUGGCAAGCAGGAGAACGACAACUACGUGGUGGAGACGCUUAACCGGCUCAACUUCAUCGGUGUCCUUGUCGACUCUCUUCGCGGCGUGCUGGCGGAGUGGGAGGACGUCAAUAAGACAGGCGGUUCCGACCAACAGCACUACCUGAACGCGAAGCUCGCUCUCCUGCUACAGCUGUGCCAGACACGCGAGGGCGCGAAGAACGUGCUGCACGCGAAUCUAUUCCGGACGGUAGAGCAGUCGGGCUUAUUUUCAGUAGAUCCCGAACUGCAGGUUGACUCGUCAGACAGCAAGGCCCUCGAGAGGCACUACACGCUCCUAGUCAAGGUGGCUCGCAUCAUUGGGGCUGCGAUAGUCAGCCGGGGGUCGCAUAACGUGCUACAGGGCAGACGUUUCUUGACCGAGCAUAGGAUGUUAGUGAUGCACGUCCUUAAGCGAUCCGCCGGAAUAGGCGCAGGUGGCAAGGCGGACGAGGCGCUCUCGGAACGCGUCGGGGAGCUGGCGGAGGCGUUUAUGGUCGUUAUCACCGCGACCGGGUUCCUCGAGUUCGAAAGCGAUAGCCUCAGCGAAGAGAAUAGACCCACGCCGGUAUUAUUUCAUUAGAGGCCACGAUGGCACGGAAGACGUGGGUAGACCUACGACAAACUUACUAGCGGAGGAUCGGAUAACGACGAUGAAGGAAUGGCAGCAAUUUCUUAUCUGCCUUGGUAUUUGGGGUCCCCCUCUGAUUCUCCUUGGCUAGGUGUCAAGGCGUCGAGGCAAAAGCUUGUGCUAUAUCGUGCACCACGAGAACAAUGCUUGUGUAGGUAGGGCUUACGGUAGCUGUUAGUUCUCAGAACUAAUGCAGGCAAUCGCUGUGCGGGUGUAUGUAGACGAAAUCGAUGUGGCGGCGCUGGGCGAGCCGUCCGUGGAGAAUCUAGCCGGCGCGAGGCAGACUCGCCCUCAGCUUCACCAAGCCAGGUAAUGAUGCGUGAAGCUAUCUGCGCAAGUCAUGAAGCAAGGGCCCAGCAUCCGCCUACAUAUGUACUUCAUGGCCCUACGUGUAGACGACCAUGUAUAUGUAGGCAUACCAACAGGCUAGUGUCCCUCU